GACUGUGUGGCCUUUCCUGCAGGGGACCUGAAGGUUCAGCGGAACCCAACCUGCAACUCGCGACAGUACGCCGGAGGCCUCAGCUGUUGUCACCACAAGCGGAUCAUGCUGGAUGCAGACCAGGAGAUCCGACCCGAGCUAUUGAGGUAUCACAUGAAGUUCCGGUUCUGGUUCCAGGAAUACAAGCCGGCACAGACAGGAGCCAAGGCUUCGCAUGCGGACCUUCCGCGCAUCUACUAUCAGACGGAGGCCCAUGCAGGUGAGUAUGACAUCCCGCCUGCUUUUGCCAAGCCGGGGCACCCCGUCGUGGGCUAUCCCGAUUGGCCUGUUGGGACGCCUACGCCAGGGACGAACUGUACUGGAACCUGCCCCGAUGGCCCGGACUGCGAGUGCGUCCAUACCAUCACGUAUCACUGGACUGUCAGCAACAUCCGCCUCAUAUAUGCUGGAGGGCACUGUCAUGCGCCAAGCUGCAUCUCCAUCGAGCUGUACCACAAUCUCACCGGCACACCAGAGCUCCUGUGCCGGCAGCUGCCUUAUUAUGGCCAGGGCAACUUCCCCAAGGACAAGUGGGACGAAGCCGGCUAUGUAACCUUGCCUCCCUGUCUCUGGAGUGACGAAGAUCCGAAGCUGGACCGAUCUGUUUGGUUGCCGGCCAACACACCGCUCUUCUCCAUCAAGAAGAAUAAUAACACCCACCUUGGUCACUUUGGCGAGAUGGCUUCCUGGCAGAUGCGCGGCGUGAACUUCCCGGCAGACCCACCCACCUUCGUCUGA